UACCCUCACUUCUUGAAGAGAGAAGGCAACAAGCUUCAGAUCAUGCUUCAGCGUCGGAAGCGGUACAAGAACCGUACUAUUUUAGGCUACAAGACUCUGGCUGUGGGGUCUAUCAACAUGGCUGAGGUCAUGCAGCACCCAACAGAAGGUGGCCAGGUUCUAAGCCUUUUCAGCAACAUCAAAGAGGCUGCAGUGAAGGUAGCAGAAAUCUGGAUUUUCUCCUUGUCAAGUCAGCCAAUUGACCAUGAAGACAGCACUAUGCAAGCCAGCCAGAAAAUCAAGUCUACAGACAACUAUUCCGAGGAAGAGUACGAGAGCUUCUCUUCUGAGCAGGAGGCCAGUGAUGAUGCCGUACAGGGCCAGGAUUUGGAUGAUGAUGAGUACGAGCUGGGGAAGCCCAAGAAGCAGCGGAGAUCGAUAGUAAGAACGACGUCCAUAACCAGGCAACAAAACUUCAAACAGAAGGUUGUGGCAUUGCUGAAGAGGUUUAAAGUGUCUGAUGAGGUUCUGGAUUCAGAGCAGGACCCAGCAGAGCAUGUUCCAGAGGUGGAGGAGGACUUGGACCUUCUGUAUGACACACUGGAUAUAGAGAACCCCAGUGACAGUGGGCCAGAAAUGGAGGAUGAUGACAGUGUCUUGAGCACUCCAAAGCCAAAGUUAAAACCUUACUUUGAAGGAUUGUCACACUCCAGCUCUCAGACAGAAAUUGGUAGCAUCCACAGCAUCAGGAGCCAGAGAGAGCCAUCAAGUCCUGUAAGUCAUGUUUCAAGAAGGUAUUUAUCUGCAGGUAAUACAGCAGACCUGCACUGUCUCUAUUUGCAUGU